AUGGGAGUGGCACUGAGAGAUGGUAGCAGUCCCUACCGAGUGACGGAGCUGAAUGCCUCAUUCUCCAUGUGUCCGACAUAUCCUAGAGAGCUGGUAGUGCCAGCAGCCGCCACCGACUCAGAACCCAAGCGCGGCAUUCUACACACACAAAAACCCUCAGACGAGCAGUGUUUGCUUCAUAUCGCUCGAGCGGCAUCUAGUUCGUAUUCUGGAUCACCGACACGUAGGAUUUGGAUCGCAGAUUGCCGGCCAGAACUCAAUGCACGCGUCAAUAACUUGACCGGAGGUGGCACGGAGAGCGGGAACCUUGCACAUGCGCGAGUGACUUUCUUGAAUAUCAGGAACAUCCACGCUUUGCGUGAGAGUAUUGAAGCUGUACGUGGACUAGGAGGCUUCACGGCUCCAACGAACAAUACGGAGUCGAUGGACCUCUCGUGGGGGUCACCUGUUGAAGCCACAAAGUGGCUCUCGCAUGUGCGACGUGUGUCGGUGUUGCAGGAAUGCUUUGGCAGUCAGUCAUGA